AAAAUUCUGCUACAAUUUGGGUUUCAUAAAAUUUUUGUGAAUUGGAUCAUGAUGUGUGUCUCUUCAACUUCUUUUUCUCUCAACAUCAAUGGAAAUAUAUGUGGCUACUUUGAUGCUUCUAGGGGAAUCAGACAAGGGGACCCUUUAUCCCCUUAUCUAAUCAUCCUUGCUUCAGAAUUGUUCUCUCAGCUUAUUAAAAGAGAGAUUAUCAGUGGGGCUUUGAAAGGUAUUAAAAUUGCUAGAAAAGGACUGCAACUAUCUCACUUAUUGUUUGUAGACGAUUCCUUACUAUUCUAUAAUGCUGAUGUGAAUUCCAUUGCUGCUAUCUUUAGAAUUCUUGAAUGCUACAAGGUGUGUGUUGGCCAGCAAGUGAAUAUGAUGAAAUCCUCAAUCUUCCUUAGCAAGAAUGUCUCUCCAAGCCUUCAAAGUGACAUUUGCCUUAUGCUACAAGGGAUUCAAGUUCACAGGUCUUCUAAGUACCUUGGACUUCCUUUAGGGAUUGGGAAGUCAAAGAAGCAAACUUUUGAUUACAUUAUUGAAUCUGUGAGGAAGAAAGUUGCUAAUUGGAAAAAUAAUUUUCCAUCUCAAGCUGGCAAAGAAGUUCUAAUUAAAUCACGGUUCAUUGACGGACUUUACCCAGCAGUCCGUCAUAACAUUGUGGGACACGGGACACAGACGUAUGCGCGAGCAGUCUCUAUCGCCCAGGAGGUUGACGCUAGCAUCAGGAGAGAGGCCGUUCGUGAUCGUGCUCAGCCAUCCGCCCCAACUCAGCCAUAUGCAGUUCCACCAGCUUUACCACCUACCCAGCCGCCAAAGAACAACAAGAGGAAGGGGAAAGGUGCCCCGGCAGAUAAGAGGACCCGACGGAGGCUGCAGGAGAUUCCACCAUGCCCGACUUGUGGUCGACUUCACAGGGGAGAGUGUCGUGCUGGACAGGACGUCUGUUACUUUUGCCAGGAGCCGGGACACUUUGCGAGCCGAUGCCCGAAGAAACUCCAGCAGCAGCCUCAGCAGCCACCGCAGCAGCAGCAGCCACGACAGCAGGCACAAAGACCGCCACAGCAGCAGCAGCAGCAGAGGGGCAGGCAGCAGGCCAGGGUCUACGCGGUCGAUCAGGUGGAGGCAGCACAGCAACCAGGUACUAUGUCCGGGAUGGUUGUUCUUAAUGAUAUUCCUGUGUUUGCGUUAUUCAAUACCGGAGCAACGCACACCUUUAUUUCACGACGGUGUCUCGACGCCAUCGGAGUUCAUGCAGUUACCGCUGUCGAUCCUCUCGAGGUGAGUUUAGCCUCGGGACGAAAGAUAGUGACCUCAGCCAAAGCUACAGAUCUUAGCCUUUCUAUCGGUGGUCGAGUAUUGACUGCCGACGCGUUUGUUCUCGAGAUGAAGGAUUUCGAUCUUAUUCUCGGGAUGGAUUGGCUUUCUUUCUAUCAUGCUGACAUCAGAUGUCAUGACCUUGAGAUCAUUCUCUAUCUUCCGGAAGACGAGUCGAUUACUUUCUUCGGCUCCAAGAACCGUUCACUGCCUCAGGUUGUUUCGAUGGCGAAAGCCACUAAAUUAUUGCGACGAGGCAACUGCCAGGGUUACCUGGUAAGCCUUGUUGAGGAUUCUCAGAAAGCGCGGACACCUCAUGAUGUUCCUAUCGUUCGCGAGUUUGUUGACGUCUUCCCAGACGAGCAUCCAGGAGGACCGCCCAACCGUCAGGUGGAGUUUUCCAUUGAUCUUAUCCCAGGGGCUGGUCCAGUGUCCAAAGCCCCAUAUCGCAUGGCGCCUAAGGAGCUACAGGAGCUUAAGACUCAGAUUCAGGAGCUGUUACGACUCGGUUUCAUCCGACCGAGUGUGUCACCGUGGGUAGCACCCGUUCUCUUUGUUAAGAAGAAGGACGGAUCUAUGCGUAUGUGUAUCGACUACCGGGAUCUCAACCAGUUGACGAUCAAGAAUAAGUACCCGCUUCCCAGGAUCGACGACUUAUUCGAUCAGUUGAGGGGAGCCUGUGUGUUCUCGAAGAUCGACUUACGAUCAGGCUACCAUCAGCUGAAGAUUAAGGAGUCAGACAUCGCUAAGACCGCUUUCAGGACUCGUUACAGCCACUACGAGUUUGUAGUCAUGCCUUUCGGUCUCAGCAAUGCGCCAGAAGUGUUCAUGGAUCUCAUGAACCGUAUCUUUCAUCCAUACCUCGAUCAGUUCAUUAUUGUCUUUAUUGACGAUAUCCUUAUCUACUCGAAGAGUCAGAAGGAGCAUGAGGAGCAUCUGAGGGUGGUUCUCGAAACCCUCAGACGAGAGAAGUUGUACGCCAAAUUCUCCAAAUGCGAGUUCUGGCUUCAGCGAGUAUCUUUUCUGGGUCAUGUUAUUACCCAGGCAGGCAUCGAGGUGGAUCCUUCUAAAGUUUCAGCCGUGCAGAACUGGUCGACACCGAGGAGUCCGUCCGAG